AUGACGUCAUGCCGCCUGCUGCUCUUGAUCCUGCGGCUGCUGCCGCUCGUAUUAGGGCAGCAGUGCUCUCACUACUCCAGCGACGAUCUAGUUGCUAGACUUGAGUCACGUGUGUCCAAGUGCCUGGGUCCAAGUGCUUCAUCCACUGCCAUCUCGACGCUGACCGAGCGCUUCGUGGCCAAUGAUUUCGACCGUAAUGAGCCCCUGGCGCUCAUGUUUUUCUCCUCGUCCAGCGAUCUGAUGCACUCACUGGCUGGUGCCGUCGCCUCGUCUCUAUUUGGCGCUUCUCGGUCUUUUGACACUGUGCAACUCGUUGAUUUCCAGACGCUGCUAACACCCUUGCGAAAAAGCAACUACGACAUUAAACAGACGCUUCGAUCUGCUCUUGCGACGCCGUUAAGUGCCUGCCCCGAGCGCAACCUUUUCGUCUUCGAUAAUCUACAAGCACUGGAUGAAGGCGCUCUGCCUAUAUUGGACGUAUUUCUUGACCCCUUGAACGGCAAGCGCGCUCAGUUUCAGCAGUACAUCGAGAACACAGGCAGCCGAGUUUUUGACUGCUCGAACUCGGUGUUUCUCUUUCUUUACCAAGACACAACGAAGGAGUAUUUUUCUGUGGAUACAACAAGAGACCGCUUGAAAUUCCUUGGCAACUGGCAAGAAUAUUUGAUGCAGCAGUGGGCACGAUCAGAAAGGAACGUGGAAGCCUUCACACCCCAGGCCUUUGUUGGUAGACUGACUGACGCCGUCGUAGUUGUUCCACCCGAACAUGGCCACGUGGAUAUUGUCUAUGAGGAGUUUAAGCAGAGUCGUGAAUGGCGUCAAAUGUGCGAACUACAGAUUUACGCUAUAGAUGCAGGAAAAGAUGAAGUGAAGGCUCCGACGAGAGCUACUCCGUUAGGUUUUGUCGCCGGCAAUGUUGCUUCGGCAGCACCCAUGAUUCCUGGUGUAAUCGCCAUGAUAUUGAUACCAGCUUACCUUCUACUACUCACACGUGCAAAGCGCUGGAACGGUGGCGCAGCAGAGAUACGGAAGCGAGGCGCCACUCAUGGACGCACCAGCUCAAGCAGCAAUGCUCGGCGAAAGAAGCGAAAAACGCGCAAGUGA